UAUCAACGGUAUCUCUCUACCGUUGCCGCCUGUUACGUAUGUACAUCCCAAAAGACGAACGGGCGUUUUAACGGCGGUUUGUAGGUGUUAAAUUUGAAAAGCAACAAAUGGUGACAACUUGAUUCGGUUUCUAAAAAACGCAAACGAGGCAAGUUUGUCUCACGCGCCCUAUCCCUUCAUUGUCAAAGCCACAAACGGAGAGUGUUCGGCCGAGGUAGCCCUCGGAAAGCCUCCGCCCACCAUGGCCAGUGGCAAGACUGUGCGAUUUCUUCUUCCACCUAAGACGUUUCCCGCGUCAACACCUCGAAGACGCGUUCCGGAGCAUUGCAAGUGCCGGUUUAAGUGUCCCACCUGUGAGGCCGUCUUCAGCCAUUACGUUCUGCUUUGCGUGCACACCUGGAGCCACGCGCCGGGCGACCUGCGCGUUCCGGAUCCUGCUGUAAAGCCGUGCAGUAUUCUGCAGAGCACGGAGAACUUCGGCCUACAAUGCUUCCUCUGUCCUUUGCGAUUUGCGUCACAUUUGGCACUGCGGCAACAUCUAGACGCCAGUCAUACGGCUGCCGAAGACGUAAAGUUGCUGCGGUUUGCGUGCGCAUUCUGCGCUAUGCGCUACGCGUCAGCCGAUCUGCUCAUUGCACAUAUUCAGCAACACGACGUCUGGGAAGACGGAGACUUCUAUCCGCUAUUUGCGGGUAUCGUAGGCAAACCGCUUUGCGAACGCGACGACACAGUGUCCUCUUUCGAACUUGAUGACCUCAUAAAAGAGUUGCAGAAAAUCGCUGGCGACUUGCCUGCCCAGCAGCCGAUGCGCAAGUCAGCCCUGUCCAAGAAGAGUCGCUGCAGUGUGCAUACGCCGCUCAACUACCUGUGUGCACUAUGCGGCAUGAAGUUUCAGCACGGCUACCAGAUUGAUGAGCAUGUGCGUAUGCGUCACAAGGGCUUUCUCAAGCUAAUGAAAGCACGUCAUGCCUGCGUUUACUGUGGCACCAAAUUCUUUAAGCUGUCGGUGCUCAGGGAACAUCUGCUCAUGCAUCAUGCCAUCUCAGUGACGCCUCGAAAAAAAAACCCUGUGCGGCUGUGAGUGAUCAAUAAGUAACAAUGAACACUGCUCUGUAUUUUUCAGAUAUAUCUGCAAGAGUAUGAAAUGAAAGCUUCCAACAACCGGUGGCACUGCAGCUUCAAAUGCAGAAUAAAAGGGUUAAAAGUGAGAUAGGACUGCAAAAUUGUAGUGAUGUAGAAAAAUGACACUUUUAUAAUUCCUUCAGAGGAGAACAAAGAGGAGCCAUGAAUAGCUUCGUAAUGCAUGCUCAUCAUAUGUGCUAAUUAAGCGUAACUUUAAAAGUGCUGUAUAUAUUGCUGUUACAUAGAUGAAACAUAGUUUAUUUUUACCCAAAUAAAUGUGGUUAUGGCUUCUCUGA